AAUUGAGCUCCCACUGCACUAUGUCUAUCAGAAGGAGGAGGCUCCUGCUGACCUGCUUUGUAAUCAGGACAGGAACUCUGGUCUGCACCAGAAGGAUCCAGACCAUCUACAGAUUAAAGAGGAACAGGAGGGACUCUGCAUCCGUCUUGGAGGACAGCUGCUUUUCCAGAAUCAGGAGAGUGAUACCUAUAUAGCAACUCAUACUUAUAAGGAAAGGGACCAAGGACACACAGAACCAAACAGUUACCAGCUACUCUGUCACAACUUUUUUGUAGCUGAGAGGUCAGAUAAGGAAAGAAGUAGGCAUACAGACUUAGAACCAACUACAAAUUCAAAGCUGAAGCCAAUGAAGACACAUCACAGAAACAACAGUCACAGUAACAAUGUAGACAACACUCCCAUGACUGAGAGUCACUGUGAAACUGACACAGGGAGAAAGACUUUCACAUGUGAGGUCUGUGGAAAAGCCUUUAAAAAUAGGUACAGCUUGAAGAAACACUCCAUCAGUCAUACAGAUGAGAAGCUGUUUGCUUGUAAGUCAUGUGAGAAAAGUUUCAGCUAUAGAGCUCAGCUAAAAGACCACAUGAGAACGCACACAGGUGAGAAGCCAUAUUCUUGUAACACAUGUGGAAAAAGAUUUUCUGACACAUCAGGACAUAAAAGGCACACAGCAAUCCACAAAGAGGAAAAGCCAUAUUCC